CAAAUUUGAGAAGACCCAACCUUGACAAGUGGUAAACACCAGCUUCUUUUACAUCGUUGCAACACAGAUUCGACCACGAGCAGGUCCCUCGUAUAAAUAAGAGCGAAGAUGUCCACCGAUGUCACACCGAAUCAAUAACUCACUUCACCAACAUGAAAAUCUUUGUCGCUUUGGCCGUUUUGGCCGUGGCCGCUAGCGCCCAACGCGGAUCCGAAAAAGAUGCUCCCAUCGUCAAGCAAGAACAAGAGGUAAACUUCGACGGCAGCUACCACUCCUCUUAUGAAACUGGCAAUGGGAUCGCCGCCCAGGAGCAAGGGCAGCUGAAAAAUGCCGGAAACCCGGAGGCCGAAGCUGAAGAAGUUCAAGGAUCCUUCCAGUAUACGGCUCCCGAUGGCACUCCCAUCGUUUUACAAUAUGUUGCUAACGAAUACGGAUUUCAACCACAAGGGGCUCAUUUGCCCGUAGCUCCAACUCCACCACCAAUUCCACCAGCGAUACAAAGGGCUUUGGACUACAUUGCCGCGCAUCCAGCACCGCCAGAACCCUCGCAAGGCACAAGGAGAUUCUAAGUUGUGAUCGUUAUUGAUUCGUUACGUUUUUGUAAAUAUAAAUAAGUACCUACCCUGUAAACAUAAGUCUAGCAAUAAAUGGCAAUGUCAAAAGACAUCAAAAUGUUUUUUUUAAGUCAUUUGUUAUAUAUUUUUUAACUUUUAGGUACACUUAUUUUUUGUGAUGUCUAAAAUAUUCCACAAUAUUAUGAAACAAAUAUAACUUUCGAUUUUCUCUGAA